AUGGAGUCUUACAUCUGUGAAGCACUCAAUCAGCCAGUAGCCAAGCAGAAUCAGAGACUGAAUGUGGCUGAUAAAGGGAAAGAGAUUGCAGUGGAUUCUGCUGCUUGUCAUGCUAACCCUGAGGGGAAACCAAAAAAAGGCGUCGCUAUAGAAUCUUCAAUCUUAGUAAUGCCUCCUGGAAUUGCUUCAAGUGUGACUGUCACUAUUGUGUCAAAGUCUUUGCAGAUGAUUACUUGUUGCGUGAUUAUCGUUUCGUUUGUUUAA